GCUGCCCCUCAACUCCUUGUUUGGACGUGUCAGGCCGAGGUCUCCUGAGGUGUGACUCGUAGUAUCCGACUCACGCGACAGCUGGAGGCGUCGGAUAUUUCACUCGAUCCGAGCCCAUCCUCCACCUAUUUCGAACCUUUGUCGAGAACUUUUGCCCUUCCCACCGAUAAACGAGCAUAAAAUGGCUGAGCCCUCCACGAACCCGGCGCCUCCCCCAGCGGAGGCUCCUGCUGCGGCCCCUCCUGCCGAGGGCGGCGAGGACGGUAGCAUCUCGAAGAAGGCUGCGAAGAAGGCCGAGGCCAAGGCGAAGAAGGAGGCCGAAAAGGCCCGCCGAGCUGCCGAGCGCGCAGCAGCAGCAGCAGCAGCGUCCGGGUCCCAAGCCCAGACCGAGGACCUCGCCAAGGACAACUACGGCCAGGAGACGCAUGAGACGAAGCUCUCCCCCGACGCUGUCGAGGUUAACCUCAAGACGCUGGGCGAGGAGCAUGUGGGCAAAAAGGUCGAGCUCCGCGCAUGGAUCCAGAACGCGCGCAUGCAGGGCGCCAAGAUGGCCUUCGUCGAGCUGCGCGAGGAGGGUAACUGGUCAAUUCAAGGUGUCGUCGCCGCGAGUCCGGAGGGCACGCCUGUCAGCCGGCCAAUGGUCAAGUGGGUUGGCGCCAUCAACCCGGAGAGCUUCGUCGUUGUCGAGGGCACGGUGCAGAAGCCGCUCGAACCCGUCAAGAGCUGCCGGGUCUCCAACUACGAGCUGCAUAUCACCAAAUGCUUUAUCCACGCCGCUGCGCCUGCCGUUCUGGGAAUGACCCUCGCUGCGGCGAACCGGCCGAUUGCAAACUUCAGCGACGAGGACGUACCAGUGGAGCAGGGUGUGGAAAAGCUGAGCAUUGCGUCUGCCGGUGAGCCGGCAGGUAUUCCAGCGGCGAGUAUGCUUACGCACCUUGACAACAUUGUCAUGCACAAGCGGUCAGUCGUCCAGCAAGCUAUUGCCGACAUUCGGGCCGAGAUGAAGGAGCUGUACCGGUCGUACCUGAGGUCCCACGGCUUCAAGGAGUUUGAGCCCCCUUGUCUUAUCGCUGCGGCAUCGGAAGGUGGUGCCAACGUGUUCCGCCUGCCCUACUUUGAAAAGGAUGCGUACCUUGCUCAAUCACCCCAGUUCUACAAGCAGAUUGAAAUUGCAGGCGGCAGAAAGAGGGUAUUCAGCAUCGGCCCCGUGUUCAGAGCCGAGAACUCAAACACGCCGAGACACAUGACCGAGUUUACCGGUCUAGAUAUGGAGAUGGAGAUCAAGAAGGAUUACCGGGAGGUUCUGGACAUGCUCGAAGGCGUCCUCCUUCACAUCUUCAGGAACAUCAAGCAGCGCUGUGCGGACGAGAUUGCUCUGGUCCGCUCGGUCUAUCCGUCCGAGGAGUUCCUCCUCCCCGAGCUCGGCAAGACAGUCCGCCUAACCUUCGCGGAAGGCCAGAAGCUCCUUCGGGAAGAGGGCCCCGAAGAGUUCCGUAAUGUCAGCGACGACGAGGACAUGAGCACGCCACAGGAGAAGGCGCUCGGCGCGCUCAUCCGCAAGAAGUACAACACCGACUUCUAUGUCCUCGACAAGUUCCCAGAGAGCGCCCGUCCCUUCUACGCCAAGGAGGACCCAACCAACCGCAAGGUCACGAACGCCUAUGAUCUAUUCAUGAGGGGCCAGGAGAUCUGCUCCGGCGGGCAACGUAUCAACGACCCGGCCGAGCUGGAGGCGCGGAUCCGCACCAAGGGAAUCGAUCCCGCGAGCCCUGGUAUCAAGGAGUAUGUCGACAUUUUCCGACAGGCAGGUGUCCCCGCCCACGGCGGUGGUGGUAUUGGCUUGGACCGUGUUGUGGCGUGGUAUCUUAACCUGCCGAGUGUCCACUUGGCAGCGUUCUAUCCGCGAACACCAAAGAGACUGCUGCCGUAAGCGGUGGUUGUUUGGGGUAGCAUGUCGGAUGGUUCCCCAGAGAUGUGUUGGAUGCGUUGUAGCCAACCAUGAGUGUGUGAGCGAAAAUAUAGAGAACUGCAAUAGACCGUUGUUGUGGGUCGAGGAAACCCACAAGGGUUCCUGCUGGCUCUCUGGGUUACCUUUCUGCAAGGUCGUCAGGUGCCUACCAGGUAUGCAGUUUCCUGCCAAAGACUCUACUAGUAGCUACCUUAUCAUAUGUUCCAAGGCACACACUUCAACGCUAUCCACCGAAGACGGCCAAAGGCUUCCUUUUGUCGCAUCGCAACCUGAUAAACACUGGACAUCCAUGGCAGACAUUCACAGGACCGUGCUUCCUUUGAAGCAUUUGUUAGUAGCUUACGCGGUCCUCAACGUGAGCUACUGAAAAACAAUGAAAGAGUGUGGUGCUUGCCUACCUAGGACGCG